AUGACUCUUCAUUUCAAUCUGAAUCUGAAGCAAAUGGGCAACAUGAUCUAUGAAGAUUCAAGGAUGGCCGAAGUAGAAGAAAACAUUGUUGAAGGAGUUUCAAGAUCAAUGUUAGAAACUGAAACAUUCUCUGAUGAUGAUUUAUCAUCUUGUUCAUUAUCUUCCAUGUCUUUUUCAUCUGAUUUAACAGAUGAUGAAGAUUCUUCUUCUUCUUCUUCUUCAAAUGGACCUCUUGAAGAUCUCUCUGACCUCAUGUCACACCUCCCAAUCAAGAGAGGAUUGUCAAAGUUUUAUGAAGGAAAAUCUCAAUCAUUCACAUCACUGGCAAAUGUUAAAAGCCUUGAAGAUCUUAUGAAGAGAGGUUAUCAUAAGAAUAUAAAUUAUGGAGCAAAAAGAAAGGCAAGGAGCACUGGAGGAAUAAUAGAUCAAAGCUACAAAAGGCUUUAUAACCCUAAAGCUACAAUCUCCAAGAAAGCCACAAGAACACCUUAUUCUGUCCUCUCUUGUCUAGCCAGAAGAAGACUUUAGAGAGCAGAGAAACAUUAGUCUUUCAAAAAAAACUACUUUAGAUCUCAGAGAAACAUUAGUCUUUCAAAAGUUUUUUAAUAAAUCAAAAUCAGUUUCACAGUAACACAAUGCAUCCCAAAAAAACAUCACCUUAGCUGUGUUAAAAAGUUCAAACUAGACUUGUUUAUACAAUUUUUGGCAUUUUUUGUUGUGUAGUUGUAGUACUUAACAAAGCUAUAGUGAUUCCUAGAAUUGGUGGAAGCACCUUCCUUAAGUAGAAACCUUGACAAGCAAGAUUUCAUCAUCAGCUGACAAUUCAUCAAACAAUAUGCAUAUGCUCAGGCUGAAUAAAAACUUGAAAGAUAAAACCACCAGAGCGCAGUAAAAUCUGUUGUCUGAUACUUAUAACCACCAUCACUCUCUGGUUUAGCUUCUGCCUUCAAGAAAAAUAAACUUGAGAACCAUUAUCUCCUUCAACCAACUUUUUACUCCUCAACUCUGCAAUAACUUGAGAGAUAUAAGGAUUGUAAAAGCCUUCUCCCGUUCAAUGGCAAUCUUAUGUUUUAAGUUAUAUAAUAGUGCA